UAGAAAAGAAGAAGCAGAAGAAGACGAAGAAGAAGAAAACAGAAGCAUCUCGAAAAUGUCGGAGUACGACAAGAUCCAGAAAAGUGCCCUGAAAUUUAAAGGCGUCGGUGACAUGUCAGCUGGGAAAAAGAAGAAGAAGAAGAACAAGGAGAGUAAGCAUCACUUGGAGCAGGUUGUGACGAGCCAAAACGAUGAGGAGGUGAAAACAAAGAAAGCUUACGUGGACAAAAGGACACCGGCUCAAAUGGCUUUCGACAAGAUGCAGGAAAAAAGACAAAUGGAGCGGAUUUUAAAGAAAGCAUCAAAAACACACAAACACAGAGUAGAGGAUUUUAAUCGCCACCUGGACAACCUGACCGAGCAUUACGAUAUUCCAAAAGUCAGCUGGACCAAGUGAAAGAGGAGAUGGUUACCUUUUUUACGUGCAAAUUUUUGUUUAUUUUUCAUAAAAGCCAAGUUUGAGCUGACUCAGCAUUCAUUCUGAAGUUGUAACUCUUUGGUGUGCACAAUAAAGUAUUUAAUGUUUUGUUUUCA